AUGCUAGUAAAAGGUCUUGUACUAGUUUCAAUCGGUUUAUUUGUGGGCAUUGGUGCACUAGUUUUGCAUCUAUUGGCAUUAUGUUCUCCACAUUGGAAAAUAACAAAACGAGAUCUUGAUCCAGUCAUGGAUCCGGUUAGCUACGGACUUUGGGAACGAUGUGAAUACGUUAAUAUGACUAUAAUAAAGCAAGGUGUGGCAUUAGGUGUUCGUCCACAUGUGAAAAUAUGUCGACCCAAUCAUUAUAUGAGAUAUUCAUCAGAGAAAUUUCUUACAUGUUAUAAUAUUCGCCGAAAUUGUCCAGUUCUUCAAAAGAGUCAAAUCCCAGAGGGAUGCUCAUGUCGUUACUUAUCAUCGGAUAGAGCAUUACAAUGGUUGGCGGUUUUGGCUGCUGUCUUCAUCGUUCUUGGGCUGAUUUUACUUUACUUGAAAACCAUUGCACAACCAUUAAAUGAAAAUGCAGUUGUAUUGCUUAGCUAUGCACCAGUCGCUUGCUUUUUCUUGGCACUAUUGUUAAUGGCAACAACUUUAAUCUUAAUUGGAGCAUUUCUUCGACGCGAUACUUACGAAGACUAUUCGUUUCCAUUAAAAACGGUUUCAAAUACUUCAGCUGUAUCUAUGAAUUUUGAUUUACACAGUCUUCAGAACUAUGCAAAAUUCUAUCAUACAACAUUUACUCGCGAUAACUUUAAGAUUGCUGAAAAAGAAUUACGUGACGACGCUCAUACACACUAUCACACUGUCAUAGGUCGAGCAACUAUCUUCGAAAUAUUUGCAACUGUGUUGGUUGUCAUUGUUACCGUCGUCACAUACAUGCUGGCUUCAGCGGAGAGCGCUUAA